CAAGAAUUCUACAACAACGACUGCACUUCGGAUAGAACAUUUCCCCAUGCGGAUGGCGAGGUCUCUGUUGGCUCAGGCUGCCGAUUAAGUGCAACCUGAAUUGGUUAUGGCCUCACCGCUGUUAUUUGUCCGCCCCGGCGUGGCUUCGGACGCUGCCGCGCUCUGCUCCCGUUGCUUCGCUCACCUAGCGCUGCCGCCAGGGGGGUGCUGGCGGAGAGGCUUCACUGCGAGUAGGAUCUUGCAAAAUGGGGAAUCUCGAGCUUCGACAAUGCCCAGGAUGCUGAGGAAAGCGUACUUCUCUUCCAGUAGGCUACCGGUUAGCCCUUUGUCGAGAAAUGACGCGGUCGAGUGGUUGGGAAGAGGGUCACCGCAUGUUAAUCGAUCGCCUCUCUUCCACUCCGCAGCACCUUCAGUUGAUGCUCAAACGCCAACUGUGUCCCCAGUUGGGACAAGUAGCAAUCAAUCACCUCCUGGUUCCCCCGAGGAACUUCCCCAUCGAAGACGACAACGCUUAAAGGCUGAACGUGAAGCUAAAACCCCUAACUACGAUAUCCGCCCCGAUGCCUCCUCCCGCCUGUCUACUUUAUCAUCCUCUCUCCCAAAAACUUCGCUGCGGGGGACAAUAGCAGCGUUCCUCGCUCUUACGAAACCAAACUUAUCCUUCCUCGUUGUUCUUACCGCUACCACUGCCUACGGCCUCUACCCUAUCCCAACACUCCUUGCCCUAGACCCUUCAGUAACACCUCUCCCGGCACUCUCCACUACUACUCUGACCUUAUUCUACCUUACAAUCGGUACAUUCCUCGCAUCCGGAAGCGCCAACACCCUAAACAUGUUCUUUGAGCCACAGCAUGACGCACGCAUGUCACGUACUCGAAACAGACCACUCGUUCGCAAACUCCUCUCCCCAAGAGCAGCCCUUAUAUUUGCCGCCGUCACCGGCACUGUGGGUGUCACUGCCCUAUACAUGGGCACAAAUCCAACUGUCGCCGCACUAGGUGCUUUCAAUCUUUUCCUAUAUGCAUUUGUCUACACUCCCCUCAAACGUAUUUCCGUUAUAAACACCUGGGUUGGAGCAAUCGUUGGUGGAAUCCCGCCUCUAAUGGGCUGGGCCGCUGCUGCCGGCCAAACUGCUACAACGGGACAUGACGGCUGGUGCGAUCUCCUCUUCGGCCCUGACAGCCCUGGAGGCUGGCUCAUGGCCGCAAUAUUAUUCGCAUGGCAGUUCCCGCACUUCAAUUCCCUCUCCCACACUAUCCGUGAGGAAUACAGAAAUGCGGGCUAUAAAAUGCUCGCGUGGACGAAUCCCGCGCGCAAUGGCCGUGUCGCACUUCGUUACUCGAUCCUCAUGUUCCCACUUUGCGCUGGACUGUGGUGGUUCGGAGUGGUUGAUAAAGGCUUCCUAGUCGGGGGAACACUAGUCAAUUGCUGGCUAGCCAAGGAAGCGUAUCGAUUCUGGAAACUUCAGGGAGCAGCUGGUAGCUCCAGAGGAUUGUUCUGGGCUAGUGUGUGGCAUCUGCCACUCCUGAUGGUGGGGACGCUGGUCACUAAGAAGGGCAUUUGGGAUGGGGUCUGGAGUCAUAUUUUUGGCGAGGAAGAUGAGGAGGACGAGGAGUAUGAAGAGGACGAGAUGAAAGAGGAGACUCGCAAAGUACUCGCAGACGCACUCUUGCCCACAGAACCCAUAGCGUGACGAGGUUUAUUUUCUCAGUCUAGGGAAAUCUGGGAAAGACACCAAUCUUCACUUAUGUAUUAUGUAUAUACCAUACCAUCUUGACUUUGCUGCGCAUUUCUUUAAUCGGCAGGGGAUUUCUCCACUGGGUUUAACUGAAAGGAGGCUUCCAAAUGUGUAGAUAUAUUAAAGAGCCGCUCACUUGAUCUACAGGCGAAGCCGUCACACUAUUUCCUCUCAAUUGAGUGCAGGAUUCUGUACAGAGCAUAGUUAUGCCGGCCCACCCCACCCACUAUCCCCAAUAGUGAGUGAUAAAUCAUGAUUCACCACUACACAAAAUAUCACUACUGUGCUAAUUAUCAUGUUUUUCUUCAUCAUCUAUCUCGAGAUAAUUGAAAGAUCUCAAGAGAUUGAAGAAUAUAUAGUAGCUGUUAUAGAAUUCAAUGAAAAAUUCUCUGUGUAAUAUCAGAUAUUAAC